AUGUUGCGCGCGAGAGCGUUUCGUCAGACAAACAAUAAGAUUGUGAAGAUACAGGUGCACCCCACGCAUCCAUGGCUUGUUACUGCUGAUGAUAAUGAUCACGUCUCCGUCUGGAACUGGGAGCAUCGUCAGGUAAUAUAUGAAUUGAAAGCCGGUGGAGUUGAUGAGCGACGUUUAGUUGGUGCCAAGUUAGAGAAGCUCGCUGAGGGAGACUCUGACUAUAAAGGCAAGCCUACUGAAGCCAUUAGAGGAGGCAGUGUGAAGCAGGUGAAGUUUUAUGACGAUGAUGUGCGUUACUGGCACCUAUGGCGAAACCGCUCAGCAGCUGCUGAAUCUCCAUCAGCUGUUGACCAUCUCACAUCCGGUUUCACUUCUCCUGCUCCAUCGACUAAAGGCCGGCAUUUUCUGGUCAUCUGUUGUGAGAAUAAAGCCAUUUUCUUGGACUUGGUUACAAUGCGUGGCCGAGAUGUGCCUAAGUCAGAGCUUGACAACAGAUCUCUUGUCUGUAUGGAGUUUCUUACCAGAUCAUCGGGUGGUGAUGGUCCUUUAGUUGCAUUUGGUUCAACAGAUGGUGUCAUUAGAGUUUUAUCAAUGAUAACAUGGAAGCUUGCACGUAGGUAUACAACUGGUCAUAAAGGAUCAAUUUAUUGCUUGAUGAAUUUCAUGGCAUCAUCUGGCGAUGCACUCAUUGUUUCAGGUGGCAGUGAUGGCUUACUUAUACUGUGGAACGCCGAUCAUAGCAGUGAUUCAAAGGAUCUUGCACCCAAGAUUAUCUUAAAGGCACAUGAUGGUGGAGUGGUGGCUGUUGAGCUGUCACGGGUAAGUGGCAGUGCUCCACAAUUGAUUUCAAUUGGUGCUGACAAGACAAUGGCCAUAUGGGACACAAUGACAUUUAAGGAGCUACGGAGAAUUAAACCUGUCCCCAAGCUAGCUUGUCACAGUGUUGCAUCUUGGUGUCAUCCUCGAGCACCAAACCUUGAUAUUUUGACUUGCGUUAAAGACUCACACAUAUGGUCUAUUGAGCAUCCCACUUACUCGGCCCUGACAAGGCCAUUAUGUGAACUUUCGUCCUUGGUUCCGCCUCAAGUACUUGCAGCCCACAAAAAACUUAGGGUCUUUUGUAUGGUUGCACAUCCUCUGCAGCCACAUCUUGUUGCAACUGGUACCAAUGUUGGUAUCAUAGUUAGUGAAUUUGAUCCUCGAGCCAUCCCUUCUGCAGCUUUUCUACCAGCACUGCCUGGAAGUAGGGAGAAUUCAGCAGUAUAUAUCCUUGGAAGAGAAUUAAAGCUCUUAAACUUUCAAAUAUCCAACCCAUCCCCUGGAAAUAAUGAAUCAGGAAUGUCUAAGCUAGAUGCAGGUGAACAGUUGACAGUAAAACAGACCAAAAAGAAGAGUGUGGCACCUGUUCCACAUGAUUCAUACUCAGUUCUUUCUCUAAGCAGCUCAGGAAAGUAUCUGUCAAUUGUAUGGCCUGAUAACUUGUACUUCUCUAUCUACAAAGUUAGUGACUGGUCCGUUGUUGAUUCUGGAAGUGCAAGAGUUUUGGCUUGGGAUACAUGUCGAGACAGAUUCGCGAUACUUGAAUCUGUAUUACCUCAAAGAAUGCCUAUGAUCCCAAAGGGUGGUUCAUCAAGAAAGGCCAAAGAAGCAGCUGCAGCAGCAGCACAAGCUGCUGCUGCUGCUAAUGCCUCUUCAUCAGCUACUGUCCAAGUUCGUAUUCUCUUAGAUGAUGGAACCUCAAACAUCCUCAUGAGAUCUGUUGGAGGUCGCUCUGAACCGGUCAUUGGUCUGCAUGGAGGUGCUCUACUUGGAAUAGGAUACCGCACAUCCCGAAGGAUUAGUCCUGUUUCUGCAACAGCUAUUUCAACCAUUCAGUCAAUGCCACUCUCAGGAUUUGGAAACAGUAAUGUUUCUUCGUUUUCUAGCUAUGAUGAUGGUUCUUCUCAGAGAUCUGCUGAGUCCGCACCCUCAAACUACCAGCUCUACAGUUGGGAGAAUUUUGAGCCAGUAGGUGGCAUGCUACCUCAGCCAGAGUGGACAGCAUGGGACAAAACAGUUGAGUAUUGCGCUUUUGCUUAUCAACAAUACAUGGUCAUAUCUUCCUUGCGUCCUCAGUAUAGAUAUCUUGGUAAUGUUGCCAUCUCACAUGCUACUGGAGCUGUUUGGCACCGUAGGCAGCUGUUUGUAGCUACACCAACAACGAUUGAAUGUGUUUUUGUGGAUGCUGGAGUUUCUGAAAUUGAUAUAGAGACUAGGAAGAUGAAGGAAGAAAUGAAGCUUAAGGAGGCACAGGCUAGAGCAGUUGCAGAGCAUGGUGAGUUAGCCUUAAUCACAGUAGAAAGUGCUCAGAGUGCUAAGCAAGAAAGGAUACCUUUGAGAGCCCCUAUGCUGCAGGUGGUGCGUUUAGCUUCUUUUCAAAAUGCUCCAUCUGUUCCACCAUUUUUGUCAUUACCAAGACAAUCUAGAGGUGAUGGAGAUGACAUGGAUGAAAGAAGGGCCAGUGAGGUAGCUGUAGGUGGUGGAGGAGUCUCAGUUGCUGUUACUCGUUUCCCAGUGGAGCAAAAACGACCAGUGGGGCCUCUUGUUGUUGCUGGUGUACGAGAUGGUGUUCUUUGGCUCAUUGACAGGUACAUGUGUGCUCAUGCCAUAUCACUGAACCAUCCUGGUAUUCGCUGUCGAUGUCUUGCUGCAUAUGGAGAUGCUAUUAGUGCAGUUAAAUGGGCAAGUAGGCUUGGGAGAGAACAUCAUGACGAUCUUGCACAGUUUAUGUUAGGUAUGGGAUAUGCAACAGAAGCUCUUCACUUGCCUGGAUUAUCUAAAAGGCUGGAGUUUGAUCUAGCAAUGCAGAGCAAUGAUCUAAAGAGAGCACUUCAUUGUCUUCUCACAAUGAGCAACAGCAGAGACAUUGGACAAGACGGUUUAGGACUUGAUUUGAGUGACAUUCUCUCUUUAACAGCUGAGAAGAAAGAAGACGUUGUUGAAGCUGUGGAAGGGAUAGUGAAAUUCGCAAAGGAGUUUCUUGAUCUUAUAGAUGCUGCAGAUGCAACAGGGAACGCUGAAGUUGCUCGUGAAGCUCUCAAAAGACUGGCUACUGCAGGUUCGGUUAAAGGCGCUUUACAGGGUCAUGAGUUGCGUGGACUUUCUUUACGUUUAGCUAACCAUGGAGAGUUGACACGCUUAAGUGGUUUGAUAAACAAUCUGAUCUCAAUAGGUUUGGGGAGAGAAUCAGCGUUUUCUGCUGCGGUUUUGGGAGAUAAUGCGCUUAUGGAGAAGGCGUGGCAAGACACAGGGAUGCUUGCAGAGGCUGUACUUCAUGCUCAUGCACAUGGUCGUCCAAGUCUAAAGAACUUGGUCCAGGCUUGGAAUAAAACGCUGCAGAAAGAAGUUGAGAAAGUUUCGUCUAGUAAAACCGAUGCUGCAAGUGCGUUUUUAGCUUCUCUUGAGGAUCCAAAGCUCACUAGUUUGUCUGAUGCAUCUAGAAAGCCUCCGAUUGAGAUUUUACCUCCUGGAAUGUCUUCAAUUUUUGCUUCCAUUUCUGCUCCUAAGAAACCUAUUUUUCCCACAGUGAAGACUCCACAGCCAGAACCAAGUAAGCCGUUGGCUAUUGAAGAAGCAGCUAAGCCGUUGGCUAUUGAAGCUCCUCCUCCUUCUUCUGAGGAGACACCACAGAAGAAGGAGGAAACUUCUUUGGAAGACAAAAGCGAACCAUCUUCAACUCCAACAACAGAGACAGCUGUUGCCACAGAGGAUAAUAGCCAAACAAAGCCGCCACCUGAAACUAGUACGACAACAACAGUGAAACCAACAGAGAAUGCAGCAACGGGGAGGCCACAAGUAACCAUCAUCUCCGCUCCAAAACCCUCUUUACCAAUCCCACGCUCAACCUUCACAACUCUUCCUUGUAAGCUCCGUCGCAGCUUCGUCAGAGCUUCAUCAUCCACUCCUCUCAUAGACUCCGUCGGAGGUUCAGCCUCAGGUCUCGAACGAUGCUUAAAUAUUCCCUUCAGCUGUGACUCAUCCCCACCUUCUCCAAGUGCUCAGAUGUGUCCAGUGAUGAAAGGUGGCAAGUUUGGUUCCGUAGGAGCUGUUACCUUGGAAAAAGGGAAACUUGAUAUGACCCAGAAGAAAGUCGAAUCUACCCCUGAGAUUGCAACUGGAGGAGGAGGUGGAGACAUUGGGAAGAAAAUCAAUUUCGGUGGUGGAGAUGGAGGUGAUGAUGAUGGUGAUGAUGAUGAUUACUUUGACGAAUUUGAUGAUGACGAUGAUGGAGAUGAAGGUGGACUUUUUAGACGGAGGAUGUUCCUCGCUGAGAUUUUUGAUAGAAAGUUUGUUGAUGCUGUGUUGAACGAAUGGCAAAAAACAAUGUUGGAUUUGCCUGCUGGUCUUCGCCAAGCAUACGAAAUGGGUUUGGUCAGCUCAGCACAAAUGGUUAAGUUCCUUGCCAUUAAUGCUCGUCCCACAACAACUAGAUUCAUCUCACGUGCUCUUCCUCAGGGAUUGUCUAGGGCAUUUGUUGGCAGGAUGUUGGCGGAUCCUUCAUUUCUCUAUAGACUUCUCUUGGAGCAAGCCGCCACGGUUGGAUGCUCAGUUUGGUGGGAGGUGAAGACUCGUAAGAAUAGAAUAAAGGAGGAAUGGGAUCUUGCACUUAUAAAUGUCCUUACUGUAUCAGCAUGUAACGCAGCUGCUGUUUGGUUGCUGGCUCCAAGCCGUUCCUAUGGAAACACGUUUCGAUUCGACUUGCAAAACACACUGCAGAAGCUGCCAAAUAAUAUAUUCGAGAUGAGUUACCCUCUUAGAGAGUUUGACUUGCAGAAGAGAAUACACUCUCUUUUCUACAAGGCUGCAGAGCUGUCUAUUCUUGGAGUCGCAACAGGUGCCUUCCAGGGCUCGUUGUCAAACUUUCUGGCUGGAAAGAAGAAGAAUAGAGUAUCUGUGACGGUUCCAUCAGUCACCACGAACGCUCUUGGUUACGGCGCGUUUCUUGGAUUAUACGCUAACUUGAGGUAUCAGUUGCUAUGUGGGUUUGAGAGAACAAUGAGUAGCCACUUUGAUGUCAUAGGAGUAGCACUCUUUUUUGGCACGGCAUUGAGGAUUAUGAAUGUUCAGUUAGGGGAAAGAUCAAGACAAAUAUGGCUAGGUGUGGAGGAAGACCCGCUGGCUCAAUCAGAUGAUCUGCUGGCAAAAGCAUACAACCGAGAAGCAGUAGGAAAGCCAUCUUCAAGAUGGUUCAUCUCAAAGGAUGCAAUAGUCUCAGGACUACUUGGUAUGAAGCAACAGGACUCAGCUUCAGAUUCUCCUUCACCUCCAAAGGCUAGGCGAAAAAGGAUUGUACGGAAGAAGGUAGCUGCAGCUGCUUCUUAA